CCUAAAUAUAACGCAAUUUGGGAAGAAACAUUGAAAACGACGGCGUUGGAUUCACUCCAGCGAGAGAGAGAUGAAGUUGCUGGGGUGGUGGCUGAUGCUCGUAGGCACUCUCCGAUUAGCUUCGGUGUGGUUCGGAUUCUUCGAUAUAUGGGCUCUUCGCCUCGCCGUUUACUCCAAAGCCACCAUGACUGAAGUUCAUGGCCGCACUUUUGGUGUUUGGACAUUGUUGACUUGCACUCUUUGCUAUCUAUGCGCGUUCAACCUUGAUAACAAGCCUCUAUAUUUGGCCACGUUUCUAUCCUUCAUCUAUGCGUUUGGCCAUUUCCUGUCGGAGUAUCUGAUUUACCACACAAUGGCUAUUGGAAAUCUGACAACUGUUGGCAUUUUUGCUGGAACAUCGAUCAUUUUGAUGUUGUUGCAGUGGAAUUCACACCAACCAGUCAAGGCUAAGCCUCAAUGAGAUAGAGAGCAUUGAUUCUUUGGAUGCUUUGUGUUGGCAGAUUAAAGGUAAUCUAAUUGUUCUUUCACUACCAUUACAUACCAUCUGUAGUGAUAAUUAAGUAUCAGCCUAUCUGUAACAAUUUUUGUGCUGUGGUAAUCAGCUACUGAUCUAGUCCAUUUUUUCAUGUACUAUUUGCAAAGGAUUUAUGAAAAAACUCAAUUUCAAAAUUCCAGGGUAAAAUGAUCUCAAAUUAAUGUGAUGUACUACUAUAAUGAAUUUGUAGUGUAGACAGAUUGUUUGAAAUUUGAAUAGUAGUGGAAUUUGAUUUGAUUUGA